CGGGAGUUCGACAUGAGUGCGUACCAACGGCGUUACGUUGCACUUGGAGUCUUCUAUGUGGGCUGGAGAUACCAUGGCUUUGCUUCCCAGGCUGAUAGUGAGGAGACUGUGGAGGGUCACCUAUUCCGCGCCAUGCGCAAAACAAAGCUCAUCCCAGAAGGACUUGGAUGGGAAGGCCUGGGAUAUUCUCGAUGUGGACGCACAGACAAGGGUGUCAGUGCACUCGGGCAGGUGGUGGCCCUGUGGCUGAGGUCUGGAGCGAAGGCAGAUGAGCCAGCGUUGGGCGUGGAUGAGGAGAUGGAUUAUGCGGUCACCCUGAACCGCGCUCUGCCUGAUGACAUACGCGUGCUGGGCUGGACGCCUGUGCCUGAAGGCUUCAGCGCCAGGUGCUCUUCUUACUUCAUUGUGCAGCGGGGGGAUCUGGACCUGGCGGCCAUGCAGGAGGCGGCGGGGCACUUUGUGGGGGACCACGACUUCCGCAACUUCUGCAAGGUUGACGCGCAGCACGUCAGCAGCUUCCGCCGCACCAUACUGGACUUCAGGAUCGUGCCUGUGGGUCUGCAGGGGGCGGCGCAGGUGUGUGCGCUGCAUGUGCGCGGCACCGCAUUCCUGUGGCACCAGGUGAGGUGCAUGGCGGCGGUGCUGCUGUUGGUGGGCCGUGGCCUGGAGAGCCCAGAUAUAGUGCGCAGGCUACUGGAUGUGGAGGUCACCCCUCUCAAGCCCCAGUACAACAUGGCUCCUGAGGUGCCGCCCGCUCACUUUGCAAAUGUGGCCUGCCACUCCCUGGCCAAAACCACCAGCUGCCUUGCAUUGAUAAAGAGGCGGGAAGCGUAA